CCUCUUCAGAUGAUGAGAAGGCUGCCGAGCGCGCUGUACUCCGCCGUGCAUUUGUCUCCCUCUCAGCCACAAAGUGCCCAAAGCACCGAUCUGUUCCAAGCUCAACCCGGCCGACCCGAGCCACGGCGUGCGUCUGCACCCCCAAAAGUAUCCCCCGCCUCCUACCACCUCCCCACCCUCGCCUCGCCGUCUCCCAUCGCCGAUUUGUGGCAAUGAAACCGUAACCCGCCUCUGUGUGCUGAACUGUGCCGAGUGAGUGAAAAACAGCGGCGGAGACGCAAAGACCAAGCGGCUAUGGAGGAGAAGCGCGGGGAGGCUGGAGUCUAGACUGCCCGCAAAUCAACAGAUCCACCCAUCGGGAUUACUUACAGCAAAAUUUCUGGACUCUUAUUAUUAUCAUCAGUAGACACAGGAUUUUAUUUUUCCCCGUCUGAUCGCCGUAGACUAACAUUACACAGCAAGGAUGCAGGGGAAGGAGGCGAGCGUUUGCACGGGAUGCUGGAGACUAAUGCUGCUGUGGUGCGUCCUGGCUCUGCACUUGGUCCCGCUGUCAGUUCACGGAAAUGUUACUGGGACCAAUGUGACUGAUCCAGAAAGCACAGUCAAUAUCACCUCCCCACUUAUCAAGGAGGAAGAUCCAGUCAAGGUAAAUGAGGUCAUCGCCACGGUAACUAGAAUGAACAACAAUGCUGCUUCUGAUCAGAUAACCACUGUGACCCCGAGGGCGGGCCGUAUCCCACGUGCCGGUGAGGAAGAUGAUCAAAGCAGCGGCAUGUUUGGUGAAACGGUGGUUCCCACGGUGGAGGAAGUGAGUGUGUCAGCUCCGCCCCAGCUCAGCCCUGAUUCGGCUGAGACAGAGCAUCUGUUGCCCAGCAACCCACGUAAAGAGGAAGUCAUGGAGGGAGAAGAGGAAGUGGAUGAGGAGGAGGACCGUCUGCCACAUACUGACCCACCUUGGAUUCAUGCCAAAGAUACAGCUGUGUUUGAUCUGGACCACCUUUUCACCACCACUACUGCCCGGCCCUCGGCCCCAACAAACCCCUCAAACGUUGACGUCCUCCAUGUGGACUUCUUUGACCCUUCAUCUCGUGGUCGUAACCUCGACUUGGCUCCUCCCUCUCCUUCAUCUUUGGCCCAUGAGCUGCAGGGCGGUGAUGCCACUUCCUGGGCAAUGCCGGAAAACUAUGACUACCUUACACCCUACGAAGAUGGCGUGUCCCCCACUGCUGAUGAAUACACCUACAGCACCACAACUGAUGCUUAUGAGAGUGAUGAAGACCUACGAGAUGCUGCUGGGUCUGUUCGCUCCAAGCCCCAGGUCCCAAGUUCAGGCUCCUUCAUUCCUGGAGCAUUUUAUCCAGGUGUGGGAGCUCCAGUACCAAACGCCCCUGCAGCGGCACCUCCAGCCCUCUCACCCAACGGAUGCCGCGUGGGCUACCAGUUGAUUAAUGGAAGCUGUCGCUCAGCCUGCGACAUGCAGCCCAAUUAUUGUCUUAAUGGAGGACAGUGUUACCAACUGGAUGGCGAAGAGAUUUUCUGCAGGUGCAACGUCCAGGAUUAUAUCUGGCACAAGGGUGCCCGCUGCGAGUCGGUGGUAACUGAGUUCCAGGUGAUGUGUCUGGCCGUGGGCGCCUCGGCUCUGGUGAUCCUGCUGCUCUUCAUGAUCAUCGUCUGCUUUGCCAAGAAGCUCCACGUGCUCAAGACUGAGAACAAGAAGUUGCGUAAGCGCAGCAGUAAGUACCGGCCUUCAUCGGAGCAGCACAAUGAUAAUUUCUCGCUGUCCACCAUCGCUGAGGGCUCCCACCCAAAUGUAAGGAAACUGUGCGACACCCCUCCUAACGUCCCUCAUGCCCGUGCAUUGGCUUACUAUGAUAACAUUAUCUGUCAGGAUGAUCCUAAUUCCCAGAACAAGCUGGAGGAUCCGGUGAAGGCUCCGCCCAAGGAGGACGACUCCCUUAACAUCCACAACUCCCUGACCCCCAAACAUGAGAAUCACAAGGUCCUGGGCGAGGAGAACUCCUCGGAGGUAAACUCACUGCAGAACAACAUGAUGUGAAACAAAACGCAAAACAAGCUCAGCAACCCGACAACAUCACACAGAAAACGACAAGGUGCACCGGCAAUGGGAGCCCACAAACCUCUCCCUGAUUUCCGUUCAUCUGCUGCCAAGUGCGCCUAACUGGUCAACUAACCAACAAUCCAGCCUACCAACGUACCAGCCAGGCAACACAAUCUGCAACCGUCUCCAACACGGCAACACUGCCACAAGCGCUUUGGGUCGCUGCCAAAAAUAAAACAGAAAAAAAAAGUAAAAAACACUUCCACCGCCGCCGCCGUUGCUGUCCCAGCUGAAAGUAACCCCACCCCUUCCUGCCUCAACCUGCAGCCUCCUGACGACACCCCAUCACAUGCAGUUGCGCCCCUGUUUCUGAGCCCCGCCCCUCUCGUUGCUGUCACUCUACUCUCCCUUUUCUUUCUUACCUACACACGCUCAGGCAUAAGAAGCAUACACAUACUGUGAAAAGAUGACAAAACCACGCAUAAAUGUGUACACACACACACACACACACACACACCUCCCUUCCCUGCCUGCAUUGGUGUAUUUUGUAAAAAACAAAGAAAUCAUACAGAAGUUUAAAACGUACGUAAAAAGUCAUUGUAAAAAAAAUUUUAAAAAGAACAAAAACAAAAAACAGUAAAGAUUAAGCUACUGAGAGGUUUUUGAUGUUUGUCUGACUAAUCCAGUGAGUAUGUAUAAAUAUUGGAAAAAUUGAUUCAAAAGAAGCAACACAAUGUGUCUUGGUUUUCAUUGAUGUGAUUUCUAAUCCUUUGAUGUACUUUUUUUUAUUUGUUUGGUUUUUUUUUGUACUUUUUUGGGACUUCAAACAGAGAAUAAACAAACGAGAUUCAGACAGUUGUUGAAAUAAACCUUUUUAACAUGA